AUGCCUGAAGCGCCGCUUACGUGCGACGAGGUCCUGAGCCGCGGAUGGGACGACUUCUCGGACAAGGAGAUGCGCUCGCUGCUCCGCGCGGAGCGCAACAAGAUGACGGUGGCUUUUGGCAGGCUGCCUGACGACAACAGGCCACCCACAAAGGCGUUUGACGGCUGGUACGAGCUGGCGCCGUUUCAGCUGCGCUGGGAGUUUGACGAGUAUCUCGAGGACGUGCCCCAGACAGUUGACGGCUCUCCGCUACCAAUACCCGGGGCUCGCGCCGUCAUCGCACCCCACGCCGGAUACGCAUACUCGGGAAGGUGCUCCGCAUGGGCCUUUCGCUGCCUGGAUCUCUCCCAGGCCAAGCGUGUCUUUGUGCUGGGCCCUACGCACUACUUUUACUUUUCCGGCCUCGCCCUGUCCACGUUUUCGCAGUACAGCACGCCCCUCGGCGCCUUCUCCGUCGACCAGCAGACGCUGCGAGACAUUGCCGCCGCGGCCGCGUCGGCCGGUGCCCCCGAGGUGCGCAACAUUCCCCGACGGCGCGAGCUCGACGAGCACAGCCUCGAGAUGGAAAUCGCCUUUCUCUACCAGCGCUGCGAGGCCACGUUCAGUCGGCCCGAAGACUUCCCCACGAUUGUGCCGAUGCUCGUGUCGGGAAAUGCCGACGACGAAAAGGCGAUUGGCAGGCUACUGCUGCCGUAUCUGCGUGACCCGACCAACGCGUUUGUGGUGAGCUCCGACUUUUGCCACUGGGGGCGUCAGUUUGGCGACUACCGACCAUACUUUCCGGGCGGUGAUCGCAAGCGUCGCGUCAACCUGCGGGACGGGGACGCGCCGCCGACGAGCCCGCCAAUCCACGAGAGCAUCAAGAUGCUAGACGACGAGGCCAUCGAGGCCAUGGAGACGGGCGUGCACGAUGCCUUUGUGGCAAACCUGGAGGAGACGGACAACUCAGUGUGCGGGCGCCAUCCGAUCGGGGCCAUGAUGGCAGCCCUGGAGAUGUUGGGUGAGAACGCACCGCUGGAGAAAAAGCCAAAGUUCAAGCAUGUCCGCUACGAUCGGAGCGCGCUGCUGACGGACCCGACAAAGUCGAGCGUGAGCUACGUGUCUGCGUAUGCGACGUUUUGA